AUGCCCGUGGUGGCAGGAGCUGCCGGUCCUGGCCCCCACAACCCUGGACCUUGCAAGGUCAUCAUCCAGGUCAGCCCUGAAGCAGGACUUGUGGAGUCAUCCCAGAACCAGCCUGUCAUCCUGACACAGGCUCCACUCAACUGGGGGACCGCAGAAGCUCCUACUGCGGUGGCAGGGCAUCCUGCACCACUCUACUUGGUGGCCCCCAUCAUCCUCCCAUCCAGCAGUGGGACACUGACCCAGUGGGUUUGUGGGGACAGUGGUCCGGCGGCCACCCGGAGCCAGUCACUGCCUAAAAGCUCCAGAAACCCCAACAGCGUCUACGAGAACUUCCGGCGCUGGCAGCGCUUCAAGGCCCUGGCCCGGAGGUACCUUCCUCAGACUCCGGACACUGAGGCCCUUUCCUGCUUCUUCAUCCCGGUGCUGCGCACCCUGGCCCGCCUGAAGCCCACCAUGAGCCUGGAGGAAGGCCUGCACCGGGCCCUGCAGGAAUGGCAGGGCAAGAGCAACUAUGACCGCAUGAUCUACUACGACAUGGCGGCCAAGUUCAUGGAGUUCGAGGCCGAGGAGGAGAUGGAGGUGCAGAAACUGCAGUGGAUGAACGGAGCGCAGGGCCUGCCACUCCCCGCCCCACCCAGGCCUGGGCCUCAGGGGGCUCCAGGCCCACCGCCAGACCAGCAGACAGCCCGCCCCAAGACACACAAAUCUCAGCAGCCCCCCGAGACCAAGGCCCCUGAGGAGAUCCCUCCUGAGGCCGUGCAGGAGUACAUGGACAUCAUGGACGAGCUGCUAAAGGCCCCCGACUCAGUCUGCAGGGCACCCCUCGGCCAACGGGCAGUGGACAGGGAGGAGCAGCAGGAGGAGGCUGGGACCUGCCCUGACCCGGGGCUCCUGAGCUAUGUGUACGAGCUGUGCUCCCAGGAGGCCUUCGUCACCAAGGCUGAGGCGAUCCUUCAUCCCAGCUUCCUGGAGUACCUGGUCUCCCCAGAGUCCCAGCUGGAUUUCCCGGCCCUGGCUGAGGAGCUGGAGGAGGAGGAAGGACUCACCCCCGCACAGCUUGUGGAAAAGCGUCUGCAGACCCCGCAGGACAAGGAGGUCAUGAAGGCUCGUCCCCAACACCAGGUGUCCCUAAAGGACUCGAGUCCAGCUGAGAGUGCAGUUCCAGAGAUGUUUCCAUCAUUUGCGUUAUGGGCCUGUCCUAUUGUUUCUGAGAGACGGCAGAGAUUGAUCAUCAUCUGGGAAGAUAUGCUCGCCUUCGACACAGAGGAGAGUCUACCAACGUGGACACAGACAACUCUUUCAGCAGGUGCCCAGUGGCCUCAGUGGCCUGCCCUCCUGCCAGAACUCUUUCCUUGA